AUGACUCCUUGCUGUCCCCACCUGGACCACCGUGCUGUGCCAGCCUGGACCACCGUGCUGUGCUGUGCCUGCCUGGACCACUGUGCUGUGCCUGCCUGGACCACUGUGCUGUGCCUGCCUGGACCACUGUGCUGUGCCUGCCUGGACCACUGUGCUGUGCCUGCCUGGACCACUGUGCUGAGCUGUGCCUGCCUGGACCACUGUGCUGAGCUGUGCCUGCCUGGACCACUCCUGGACCACUGUGUUGUGCUGUGCCUGCCUGGACCACUGUGCUGUGCCUGCCUGGACCACUGUGCUGUGCCUGCCUGGACCACUCCUGGACCACCGUGCUGUGCUGUGCCUGCCUGGACCACCGUGCUGUGCUGUGCCUGCCUGGACCACCGUGCUGUGCUGUGCCUGCCUGGACCACCGUGCUGUGCUGUGCCUGCCUGGACCACCGUGCUGUGCUGUGCCUGCCUGGACCACCGUGCUGUGCCUGCCUGGACCACCGUGCUGUGCUGUGCCUGCCUGGACCACCGUGCUGUGCUGCGCUGUGCCAGCCUGGACCACCGUGCUGUGCUGCGCUUGCCUGGACCACCGUGCUGUGCUGUGCCAGCCUGGACCACUGUGCUGUGCUGCGCCUGCCUGGACCACCGUGCUGUGCUGCGCUUGCCUGGACCACUGUGCUGUGCUGUGCCUGCCUGGACCACUGUGCUGAGCUGUGGCUGCCUGGACCACUCCUGGACCACCGUGCUGUGCUGUGCCUGCCUGGACCACCGUGCUGUGCUGUGCCUGCCUGGACCACCGUGCUGUGCUGUGCCUGCCUGGACCACCGUGCUGUGCUGUGCCUGCCUGGACCACCGUGCUGUGCUGUGCCUGCCUGGACCACCGUGCUGUGCCUGCCUGGACCACCGUGCUGUGCUGUGCCUGCCUGGACCACCGUGCUGUGCUGCGCUGUGCCAGCCUGGACCACCGUGCUGUGCUGCGCUUGCCUGGACCACCGUGCUGUGCUGUGCCAGCCUGGACCACUGUGCUGUGCUGCGCCUGCCUGGACCACCGUGCUGUGCUGCGCUUGCCUGGACCACUGUGCUGUGCUGUGCCUGCCUGGACCACUGUGCUGAGCUGUGGCUGCCUGGACCACUGUGCUGA